AUGCUUUCUUCGGUUUCAAAUUCCAAGAACAUGCCACAUGCACUUGGACAAGCUAACAAUGAACUACAUGGAGACUUGAAAGAAAGUUCUCACUUCAUCGUGGGCAUCCACUACUUUGUUUGUGAAAUUCUCGACAAACUUCAAGAAAAUUUCAAGAAAAUUCCCGACUAUAUUGAUAGUCUUCGAGAAAGUGACAGAACUAUAGUCAAUUAUACCUUCAACGCCCCUGCGAUAAAUGAGCCCUUCAAAGAUCAAAGGGAGGAGAAGCACAGAAUUGUGCUUACCCUGCAAUUGAAAUUGAGAAUUGCUCGAAGGUGGCAUGUGUUCAAGAGUGCGUAG